AUGCUAACAAAUUUCAACUUUGGUGUAGAUAUUGGAAAAGAUGAACGGGAGGCAUUUCACGAUAAACUGCAUGUUUUCACUGCAGCUCAUGAAAAAAUGUUGUUAGAACUUCAACAGGCAUUUAAUCGCCGAUGGGAUCCAAUGGUGUGGGAUAUACAUAGUGAUACGAUCCAUUUACUCCUUGGUACCACCGCAGCCCAGCGAUGUCAACAAGACAUAUCCAUUGCCGAUACUCUUGGACGUACACAACUUCAUAAUAAACUUUUUUAUCGUCUUACACUUUGUUUUGCAAGUCUUGUAAUGGAAAUGGAUGGAUUAGCAAAUGAGGCAAUUGAUAUAUUCAUUCCACCAUUAGCCAUGUUUGGAGAUGAUAGUUGUCGAAUAGAAGGUAUUACAGAUGAGGAAGCUCAACAAGGAGUAGGUUAUCUCUUGGGAUGUUUACAAGAUAUAUGGAAUUGGCUUCAACGAGUACGAAAAGUAAUAUUUCAUACAAUUCAACAAUUAGCUUCUUUAUAUUCUCCAUUACGUGAAGAAGAUCAUUAUAGACCUUUUACACAUGUUCGUUUUCCACUGGUUUGGCGUUCCUUAACAGAUCUUUUUGCGGCCGUUGUGAGUUUAGAAGAAGUACUUCAAACCCAUGAAACACUUCGUCAUGGUCUUUCUAUUUAUCGUAAACUUCUUGCACAGGUUUCUAGAAAUCAAGAUCGAUUUGAAUAUGAUGAAAUGACGAUGGAAUUAUUUUGUAGACUUUUAAGUAAAAUUGAGUGUGAAUUAUUAGAUGAUGGAAUCUUACAUCGUCUUAUUAUGCAACCCUUUGAUAGGGAGGAAAACUCUAUACAGGUAAUGGUAACAAGGAAUAAAAGGUUUUGUAUGGAAUUUACCGAUUUAUUGGAUGAAUUAAUUACUACGGUAGAGGAAACAGUAGGAACAACACGAGAAGGGAAUGCUCGUCAACGUUAUUUAGGUAUUUUAGGAAUGUAUUAUUUACAUCUUCAUUUAUUUUCACAAACUUUAAAUGAUAAUAAUAAUAAUAAUAUACGUCGUGAUUUAUGUAAACGUGUAUUUCGUCUUCAUCAUAAAAUGCCUGUUAUUUAUAUAAGAGGUAUGCAUCUCUUUAGACCUGCGGCUUGGAUGGCUCGUCGAGUACCGGUGGAAUUAAAUCGAAUUCUUCAAGAUCCUAAUAAGGAAGGAAUGUCUGCUAUUAAAGAAGCUUGUCAAGAAAGUAGUUCUGUAUUUAUUCCUCAUCUUAAUAGACUAACAACACUUGUUAGUGCUUGGUUAACGGAAAUGGAAUCUACUGUACCGGCAGAUUCUUUACAUUAUCAAUCUUUUUUACAAACAAUGACUUUACUUUUACAACGUGGUGUACUUCUUUCUCAACAUCUUCAACGACUUAUUAUUAAUCAUAUCUCUUUACAUAAUUGUGCGGAUGUGGCUAUUUCCUUACAACAAGUAGAUGGUAUAGCGCAUGGAAUUGAAUUACUUAUGAUGAUUCGUGCUGCUUAUCAUGCUAAAAGUGGUAUAUUAGCCAAUGCCUAUAAUUCUCUUAUUCGUACCAUUACAUAUGGAAUGGAACAACAUCUUUAUGAUAUUUAUCAACAAUUAGGUGAUAUUAUUCAAAAAAGUAAAGAAGAUGUAACGGAUCAAUAUAGUGCUAUUGCAGAAGCUAUUGCUCUUUUACAUAAACCACAAACACCAGAAAAUUUAGUUUCUCUUGAUCUUGUUCUUAGUAUAGCACUUCAUAGACGUGAAAUGAGUGGAAGUGUUCUUCAUAUUAUUACCCCAAAACAAACAGAAGAUAUUUUUACCGCCUUUGCUCAUCUUAAUCGUGUGAUUUCGUAUCAAAUGACUCUUCAAACGGCUACGGAUUGUGAUUUUCUCUAUUGGCAAAGAGAAACCUUUUAUCCACUCUUUUUUGAUCGAAUUUAUCAAAAACCACUUAAAGCUGAAUAUUUACCGUAUCUUCUUAUGGCUAUGCAUGAUUGUCGACCAACGAUUCUUUCUUCUAAACAUGUGAAGGAUUCUGUAAAGUUAUUAGAUAAUUAUAUCUCCUAUAUAAAGAAAUGUUUUUCCAAAUCUCUUAUUGAACCACUUUGUACAGAUGUUGAAAAUGAUUUACGUCUUUCUACACAUUCUGUUGUUCUUGGACAACCUUUUCGUAAAAUUGAAUUAGAAACAUCUUCACUGUUAUCAUCAGGAGCACGUGAUUUGGCACGUUUUACUCGUUUAGUACCUCUUCGUUUCUUUAAUGAAUGGCUUCAUAUUGCUACUCAAGUAGAAAAUUAUCUGAAUACUCAAUUUUAUAAUCUUAAUGCUUUAAUGGCAAAUGAUUGGAAAACAUAUGAAGAAAUGCGUAUAUUAGCCUUAGAAAAAUAUGGACUUAUAAUAUGUGAUGGUCAUUUACCAGGAAGUAUAGUAGAUCAAGGAUUAGAUGUACUUGUCAUUACAGAAAAUAUUCAAGUAUUUGUUGCUAAUUAUACCUAUAAUAUGAAUGAACAAUUAUUUAUACAACGUCCAUCCGCUACGGAAUCUAAACAUUUACAUACCUUACAUAUUCGUCAUAUUGCCAAUUCUAUUCGAACACAUGGUACAGGAAUAAUGAAUACAACUGUUAAUUAUGUUUAUAAGUGUAUAUUAAAAAAACUUGCUAUUCUUUCACAAUUUUUAUAUGAUGAUCAUGUGAAAUCAAGACUUAUAAAAGAUGCAAAAUUAUUUCAAGCUCAGAAAGAAGAACUUAAAGGUGAAUAUCCACUUUCACGAGCAGAAAAAUUUAUUCGAGAAAUGCGAAAACUUGGACUUGCCGAUGAUGGACAAACAUUUUUAGAAAAGUUUCGUCAUCUCGUUUCUGAAAUUGGAAAUGCAUUGGGUUAUAUGCGAAUGAUGCGUAGUGGUGGACUUCGUGCGGUUGCCGAUGCGGCCGUAUUUGUUCCUUCUAUUGAUAAUGCCGUUCGUCUAGAACGUGUGAUUGACCCGGAGGCUAUUGGAACCGAUGAGGAUGAAGAAGAAGGAGAAGAAGAAAAUGAGAAUGAGGGGAAUAAGGGGGGUAACCGUAAUCAUAAUAAUCAUAAGGGCAAUCAUAGUAAUAUAUAUGAACCCAAACAAUUACAACCACAAGGUGUAAUAGAAGGAGAGGGGGAAGAAGGAGAAGGGGAUAAAGAUAAAGAUGAAACACAGGCUCCACUAUGUACAGUAGAAGCUGUACGUAUUGUAGAUCGUGUUAUUCAAAAUAUGCGAAAGAAAUUAUCAGAAGGUUCAGAGUAUUUUCGUAUGCUUCUUGAAGCCAUUAUAAGACGACUUAAGAAUGCAGAAAAGUAUAAUCAUCUAAAGAAUUUUCAUAUGAUUAUACCACCCAUUUGUGUUUUACAUGUAGAAAUGAUGAUACGUGAAAAGGAACAACUUGUAAAAAAGAAUAAAGAUGGUCUUUUCACAGAUGAUGGUUUUGUUCUUGGUUGUUCAUUUCUUAUUAAACUUUUUGGUAUUUCAGAGGCAUUUGAAUCUCUUCAUUGGUUUAAGAGUGUUCGGAAACAUUAUGAAGCUCGUCUUCUCGCCAUGCAGCAAGGUAUUGCAGAACGUGAUAAGGAGGCAAAGGAACGAAAAAAGUCAAAGAAGAAACUCACACCAUAUGAAGAUGAGGAAAUAAAUAAUAUGCAUCUCACUGCCACUAUGGUAGAUUAUGCGAUUCGGGAGUAUACCGCACUGGAGGAGGCAUUUGUAUCGAGUAAAGUAUUUUUUCACUUUACACUUCCAGAGGAAGGUGAAGAGGAAGAAGAUGAAGAGGAGGAAGAAGAAAAUGAAAGAGAAGAAAAGUGA